CUCGCUUGUUUCCUAUUAGAAAUACGCAUCAUGCCGUAACCCUCAACGUGGACAUCAAACGCUUCUGUCACAUACCGCAGGCUCAUAAGUGUCCUUCUCCCUUGGCGGGCGGGCCAAGGGGGAUACUCAGACGCCCUGAAGGUGCAUAAUCAUGUUUUAUCUAACUCUUCAUUUAGGCCAUGCACAUAACAAUACACGAUCUGCUCUGCGAACCCUCACUGGAACGCUCCGCCAUCGCAAAGACCUGAUACUUUACGGCGUCGAGAACGCGGCCGAGCACUUCCACUCUGAGCUAUCAUCUCUCCGUACCGAUGCAUUCUCAUCCAUCCGGACGGCUUUCGUAGGCCAACUCAUGGAGGAUACUUACCAUGCGGCAAAUAUGGAGUACGGUUCGGGCAGCGACCGGCGUCGCAAAGAUCUCAUCACGAAUCGAUUCGGCUCUCGAUCUCUUUUCGAUUCGCAUCGACGUUUCUUCAAAGACCGCUUUAGAGGCAUCGCGAACGAGCUGGAAGCUCAAGUGAAAGAGAGCGUGGAUCAACAAGUCGCCCUCAUCGAGACCGAUUUGCAGAUGCUGAGAGAUGAGAACGUCGUUUUAGAGAGUGAGAGGAACCCAGAGUUUAGGAGUAGAGUGGCGGCGGAGGUGGAUAGAGCGAGGGCGCAGUUGGACCGGAUUGGCAGAGCAGUCGAGGACGUUGUGAAUGCUGCGAGAGGGGAUGCGGAUAUGACAGGUUGAUGAAUUUGAGUGGACUGGCUCGCAGCAGCUAGCAGACAAGCGUCAUCGGAGCUUUUCUAUCGGCGCGAGCGGUGAGGCUUCCAGGCUGCAGCAGGUUCAGCCGCACAACCCAUCAACAUUCCCAUGUGC